CUGCUCAGGUAGACCUGAUAAAUCUCUAUUCCCAUUCAUCAAAGGGUUUUUUAAAAAAACAACAAAACUAAUCAGCAUUAAUCAAUCAUUGGUUGUUUUUUAUUUGAUAUAUGCUAAUUGCCAGGUUCAGUUCUUUAUUCACAAUUAAAGCUGCAGUAUCUUUUUCUCAUGUACUACUGUCAUGACACAGUAAAAAGUUUCAACAAUAAUUACAAGAAGUUAUUUUUUUAUAAAAGUUACCUACUUCAGCUUUAAUACAUGUUCUGCCAGGUAUAUAUGGACAUGCGGCACAAUGAUAAAAGUCAAUGAAACAGUAUAUGUACCAGGACAAGAAACGUGAAUUUAAGUUUCCAUAAGGGGGCACAUGUAACACAACUGCAUGACAAGGUCCACCAGAUAGGCCUAAAGGCUGUUCUGGGUUGAAUAACCGGACAGUUAGCUUUAAUUAAGUUGCAAUAACCCUAACAAAACUGAAUACAUGAAUGAAUGGAAUUCAGCACUAUAGAAAGAAAAAAGAUUAUGCCAACUUCUGGGUUAAAAAACAUAAUUCGCGCAGCACUCUAUAUGUACCUAACACUGCAAUCUAAUUACAUUUAACAUAAAACUCCACUGACAGUGACAGUGUUUACAAUUCUGUAAACACUGUCAGUGGAGUUUUAUAUUGCAGUGUUAGGUGCUGCACAUGCUGUAUGCUUCUUUUUGUUUGUGUGCUUGUUUAUUCAUACAUAAGAUCAGUUUGAUUUCAGUAGAACAUUUGUGCUGGCUCUAGGGAUGUCACAAUACCAGAAAUUUAGUAGUCCAUACCAAUAUCAGUGGAAUUCCACGAGUCUCCAUACCCAAUUCAAGGGUAAAAAACAAAAACAAAACAAUAUGAGAAUAUACUUCUAUUUAUUAUUCUGCUUUUAGACCUAAAGCAGACAUCUAAAAGGUUGAGAACCACUGCUUUAGUUGAUGGUUUGGUUUUCAUAUAGACAUAUUAUAUCUGCCAAUCAAUAUUCAAUUCAAUUCAGUUCAAUUUUAUUUGUAUAACGGCAAUUCAUAACAGAAGUCUUUAUAAAAUGAUUUACAGAGACCCAACAGUUCCCGCCAUGACAACAGCCACAUCAAUGGGGGACAAUGAGCAAUGAUAGUAAUAGUAAUAAUAAGUAAUAGUAAUAAUAAUAAUAAUAAUAAUUAAAGCUGCAAGCAGCGUUGGGCGGGACCUCGCACUCCAUGCAACUCGGGGCGUGCUGCGGCCGCGUUGCGUGCCAUCGUUACACGUGCGGACCAAAACAUGAAAUUUCACGUAAAUCAGCUCAAAAUCGCCACGCCGCGCUUACUUCCUGUUGCUAGUAGGUGGUGCUAUCACUAUGUCUUAAUAUUGUCAUGUAGACAAGUUCAGGGCGGGACUGUUAUAACACACAUGAAGUUUCAGUGAGAUUGGACCACGUACGCUGAAGUUAUGAGGACCAGUUCAGGGCAAGACUGUUACAGAAUAUAUGAAGUUUACUGGAGAUUGGACAUUGCACACUGAAGUUAUGAGUGCUGUUUUAUGGCGAAUCCGCUGAAUUCGACAAAUCGUCACUGGCACGGUCAUUUCACGUAACUCAGCUCAAAAUCGCCACGCAGCGCUUACUUCCUAUUGCCAGUAGGUGGUGCUAUCACUAUGUCUGAAUAUUGUCAUGUACACAUGUUCAGGGGGGGACUGUUAUCAAGCAUUUGAAGUGUGGAGCCGAUUGGACAAUGUACACUUAAGUUAUAGCGAAUUCGUGUUUUGUGGCGGUCCAUCAAAAUUUCCCGCCACCCCACAGACACGCCCCCUCACCACAGUCAACACAUAUCAUCAACAAUGUGUUUUGCAUUUUAUAAGUAAAUUUCAGCUGGAUCUGAUCAUCCUGCAAGGAGUACAACAUGAAAGUAUACACGCCCUUUAAUGUACAUGCACAAAUAGCACAACUUUUAAUCGGCACCAUUUUUUGACUGUACUGACCAAUUUUAAAGUAGAUCCGAUAAAUUCCCUAGGAGGAGUUCGUUCAAAUACAACGUGAAAAAUUCCCCCGAAAAUGUGCACGGAAUUCACUAUGGCCAACUUUGAGGGCACGCCACGGACACGCCCUUCAACCUACAUGCACAAAUAGCACAACUUUUAAUCAGAACAAUUUUUUGACUGUACUCACAAAUUUUUAAGCAGAUCCGAUAAAUUCCCUUGGAGGAGUUUGUUCAAAUACAACAAGAAAAGUUUGCCGAAAGUGAAAAUGAAAAUCAAAAUGGCUGACUUCCUGUGGGGUAUCGGGUAUGGGUCCAAGAGGCUUUUUUGUACGUCCCGGCAUGUUACAUGUGGCUACUGAGUUUCUUACAUAUCGGUGAAACGUUGCGCCGAGGCUGCUGUUUCUUUAUCCUGUAGGGGGCACUACAAAUGCUACAAACACGACAAACACGAUUUUUGGUAUGUGAGCUACAGGCACCACUCUACACGUGCCCUGUGAAUUUCAUAUUCAUAACUAUUACGGUCUCCGCACAGUGAUUUACCAUGCCAACAGAGCGCCACCUAGUGGUGGAUUGUUGACACAUUUUUUUAGCGAGCCUCAGGAAGCAUCGUACCAAAUUUCAUUUCAAUCACACGUGCUGUUAUGGAGAUAUAAACUUCUUCAUUUUAAAGAGCGCCACCUAGAGGCGAUGGCCUGAAAUUGUGCAUGAUGCCUAAGGAAGACAUGGGGAACUAAGGACCCGAGUUUUAUGUCAAUCGGACAUACCAAUGUGGAGAAAUGGUCCACUUCCUUUUUUGACAAAAGAUCUACAGGAAGUUAGAAUUUUAUAGUGUUCUUAUUUUUUGAAAUUUCAAAAAUGUUCAAAUUACUCUUUUUGCCAGGGCGGUCCCCAGGUGCUAUGUGAAAAAUGUUGUGCAAAUCGGACAAAGCGUGUAGGAGGAACAUGAAAAAGUAGUUUAAGGACAUUUCACGCUCUAACGAAAAAAAAUUAUAGGCGGAAGUGGGCGGGGCCUAUAUGGGGAGAUUCAGCUCUAUUCACCGAACGCGUGGAUAUACGUUUUUGGAAUGUGUGACAAACGAUGUGGGAGUUAUUAGCCUAAACGCACUUUUCAUGAUAGUAUCGCCACCUAGUGGCGGACCCGAAAGCGACGCAUGGAAUAUCACAUUUUUCACCAGGCCUGACCACUUUGCCAAAUAAAAUUGACUUUUCGUAUAUGUUCAGGGGGGCAAAAACACAAUCAAAGUGCUAAAAAUAGGGAAGAAGAAACGAAGCAAAAACAAUAGGGACCUCCAGCGGUUGCUUGCGAGUUCCCUAAUAACACUAAUAUCAGUGAUAUUGGCAAUGGCAGUCAAGCAGGACCAUGGCAGGAGGCUCCACCAGGAUCCAUAAGAACCUGCGAGACGAAAAAGCACAAGAACUCCGGGGAAGAAGUGAAAUUAGUAACAUGCAUUAAUGGGACAUGAAUGAGUGCAGAAAGAGAGGAAGAGAGGAGCUCAGUGCACCAUGGGAAAUCCCCCGGUAGUCUAGGCCUAUAGCAGCAUAACUAAGGGAUGGUUCAGGACUCACCUGAUCCAGCCCUAACUAUAAGCUUUAUCAAAAGGAACGUCUUAAGCCUACUCUUAAAUGUGGUGAGGGUGUCUGCCUCCCGAACCACAAAUGGAAGCUGGUUCCACAGGAGAGGAGCUUGGUAACUGAAGGCUCUGGCUCCUGUUCUACUUUUAGAGACUAUAGGAACCACAAGUAGCCCUGCAUUCAAAGAACAUAGUGUUCUAGAGGGGUAAUAGAGUACUAUGAGCUCUUUAAGAUAAGAAAAUAUAUAUAGAAAAACAGAUCAAGUAGGUGAUUUUAAUAUUCAUACGGAUGUUGAAAAUUUUAGUCAUUUUAGUAAUGCAUUUAUUUCAUUAAUAGACUCAAUUGGCUUCUGUCAGACUAUAAAUAAACCCACCCAUUGUUUUAAUCGCACUCUAGGAGUGGGGUCUUAGGGUCGCAGAGGAGUCUGUCCUAGGUUUCUGCCUAUUUAAAAAGGAAGUUUUUCCUUGUCGCCAAGUGCUUGCUCAUGGUGGUACUGUUGGGUCUCUGUUAGGGGUGGGCGGUACACCGGUGUCAUAGUCAUCACCGGUGUGACAUUGCGCCACGACAUGGAUUUUGCAAUACCGUCAAUACCGUGAUAAAUCAAUUGUGCGCCUUGAACGGCUGCAUUUACAUCAAUAAUAGCCUAAUUCUAAAUAAUAAGGCAUUACAUUUUCUUCAAACGUUCAGUUGUGGUCUGAAUACCCGUCCUUAUAUACUAUAUAUCUUGUUGCAAAUAAAAAAGUAAAACAUAUUUGUAUCAGCUUUGCAGGUGGUAAAAAGGGAGUGGCCAUUAAAUUAGUGUAACAAGCAAUUAACCUGGGUAAUCGAUAAAGAAACGACUGGUGAAACAUCGCAAAGAAAGGUCGGGCCUGUAGCCUAUAUUAUCUGAAAAGAGAUGAGUGGAGUGUCGGAACCAGAUGGAGAGACCGAGGCCGCUGGAGAGGAAACUCUCGUUCCAAAAAGAGGAGGCACCUCCGUUAUUUGGAACUGGUUCGGUUUUAAAUCAUCCGACACGGAGCAAACUUCAGUAAUAUGCAAGGUUUGCAGCCGUGUUGUGACAGCAAGAGGUGGAAACACAAGCAACCUGUUUCAUCAUUUAAAAAACAUGCACGCCUGUGAAUAUGACGAGGCAACCCGGGCCAAAACGAGCGCAAGUGGGACAGGCAGCACCAGCGGAGCACGUCCCAAGACUACACGGCUUUCACUGCAGGCAUCGUUUACUGCUGCUACACCUUACGACAAGAGUAGUAAGAAAUGGAAAGAUAUUACCAGGGCAAUUGCGCUAUAUAUCGCAAAGGACAUGGUGCCCAUUCAAACCAUAGAGAGAGAUGGCUUCAGAUAUGUGGUUCACACUCUGGACUCAAGAUACGAGCUGCCUGGUUGGAAAUUUUUUAGCCAGAAGUGUCUGCCAGAGCUGUACACGGCGGUACGGGACAGAGUCAUGAACGAAAUUCGCCACCUUGAAGCCUACUCGGCCACUACUGAUUUAUGGUCCAGCCGGACUACUGAGCCAUACAUUAGCCUCACCAUCCACUUCAUUGACGAUGACUGGAAGUUGCGCAGCAGAUGCCUACAGACCGCCUUCUUCCCCGAAGACCACACCGGAGCAAUAAUUGCGUUAGGACUGAAGGAUGCACUUUCUGCCUGGGGCUUGGAUGAAGCGCGUCUGGUGAGCAUGACAACCGACAGCGGUGCAAACAUGGUGCGCGCUCUGGAAAUCAAUAAAUGGACGAGACUCGCGUGUUUUGGACACAGACUGCACAACGCUAUUGAGAGGAGUGUCCAACAUGAUGCUCGAGUUGCACGGGCCACAGGUAUGUGCAAAAAAGUGGUCAGCACAUUCUCCUACAGCUGGAAAAAGAAGAAGGCCCUGACCAGUGCACAGAGAGAGCUGAACCUGCCCCCCCACAAGCUGGUCACAGAAUCCCCAACAAGGUGGGGGUCCUGUGUCAAAAUGAUGGAAAGGGUGUUGGAGCAGGAGAAGGCCAUCACUCAAGUCCUGGCAGCAGACCAAAAGUCACGUCACCUUCUACCCACCUGGCAAGACAUUGAGGUGUUGGAGGCCAUAACCAAAGCACUGAAGCCUCUGCAAGAUUUUACAGAUGCCCUGUCAGGAGAGGAGUAUGUUAGUGUCUCCUAUGUUAAGCCAGUCCUCCAUCUACUCAAUUCAAACAUUUUGAAGCCAGAAGAAGACAAAGCAGGACUGUGCGAGGACAUCAAGAAGAGGGUCCUGGAUUAUUUGAAUGAAAAAUACAAAGAUCCUGCCACUGACGAGCUGCUCACCAUGGCAACAUUCCUGGACCCACGGUUUAAGACCACCUACAUGUCACCUGAAAAGUUGGAGGAAGUGAGGAGCAGAGUAGCUACAGAAACCAAAGCACUGGAGGAGAAGACAGCCACAGAUGCGUCUUCCACAGAGGACCAAAGCGAGAGGGAAACUAGCACUGCUCCUGCACAACUGAAAAAGCCCAAGAACAGCUUGGGCAGUUUCUUCAAAAAGUGUAGCAGUGCACCACCAAAGCAGCAGGGAAUUGACAUGGAGCUGGAUGGCUACCUGCUGAUGGUGACGGCUGACAGUGACUCUGAUCCACUGGAGUGGUGGCGUCUCCAAUGUUCCCACUUCCCCCGCAUUAGCCGUCUGGCAAAAAAAUACUUAUGCAUCCCAGCCACAAGCUCACCCUCCGAGCGUGCAUUCAGCACAGGGGGCAAUAUUGUAACAAGCUCCAGGGCAUCACUGAAGCCAGAAAAUGUUGACAGGCUGGUGUUCAUGGCAAAGAACUUGAAUGUCUAGUUUCAUCAGAGUUCAGAUGAAGAGAGAGUUAGUUUUUGUGAAAAGUACACAUUAUUACACUGAUCUUGUGUUAUUACACUGCUAAUUUUUGUUUUGUUGUACACUGUUAAGUAAGAUCUUUAGGUUUUUUGCUAAAUAAAUAUGUUGAGAAUGCAUAAUACUCUCCCAUGUCUCUUUUUGAUAAGGAUACCUACCAUUUACUUAUUUUAUUAUAAAAAUAUUAACUUUAUUCACAUAAAGGGACAGGACAGGCUACUCCUCCCAAAACGUACCAAAAAAAAAAGUAAUACCGUGAUAUUAGACCGCCACCGUUCAAAAGAUGAAAAAUACCGUGAUAUUAAUUUUAGGUCAUAUCGCCCACCCCUAGUCUCUGUAAAUAAUGUUAUAAGGAGUUUGGUCUAGACCUGCUCCAUUUGAAAAGUGUCCUGAGAUAACUUCUGUUAUGAAUUGGCGCUAUACAAAGAAAACUGAACUGAAUUGAAAUUGUUUUGAGGACUAAACUUAAUGAAAACACUGAGAAUUCAGACAGAAAAUCAGAGUACGGGCCAGGAGCGUGGUACACUAUAACAUACAGAACUGGCUGCAAUGUUUUCCAGUUUGGGUGAGAAAGACUAAGAACUUUCAAAUUUAAUUGAUCAUAUUAGCUGCUACUCCCCGUCCUCGGCCGAUGCCUCGAGGAAUGUGAGUAUUAAUAGGACUAAUUAUUUUAUUUUGUGCUACUGUAGAAUUAGUUUACAUAUUUAUUAGGUUUUUAUGUUGAACUCCUCUUGUUUUUAUUUCUUUAAAUAAUUUAGGUGGUCGGGGGACAGACACAGUCUCUAUGGGGUUUUGGGUGGGUGACUGUUCUAAUGGAAGAGCAGAGAAGUGUGUAAGACAGCAGCUCUGCUUCCUGGUUUACUUCUGCUUUGUUAUACUUCUAGAUAACAGAGUUGCUCCGUCCAAAGUGGGAUGGAUGCCGUCUCUCCUCACACCAGGUUUUCCCUAGAAGGUCCGCUAGUUAUCUAUGAAGCCCACAUUGUUUGCUGGACACCACCUCGACAAUCAGCGGUGAAAGGACGACAUGCGGCUAUACAUGUCAUCACUGGUCAGAUUGUCCAGAGAAAUCAGUCAAAUUUUUUUUACUUCAGGUUUGAAUGCCUUUAUUCAUCACCUGUGAUGUGACAACAUCAGAUUUCCACAUAGUUUUUGCGUCUCGCUCAUAGUUCAGUUGUAAAAUCCCAGCACACCAUUAAGCGUCUCUUUUAAGUUGCACUGCCCUCUUUUUCUGUCACAGCUAUAAUGGUUUAUAUUGAUAUCACUGCCAAAAACAGUCAGCAUAAGUCGUCCUCCUCCUCCAGCACGCUCUGCUGCUGCGACCUUUUGCCUAAUAUUUCCAACAUAACCCGUCUGACACAAACAAUUUCCUUAUGUGUGAGGGGGCAAACUCGGACAUUGUCCCAACCUGAUUCUCAGGACGUUGUUCUGAGUUCAUAUGUGAAAACAGUUUUACUGGUUUUCUUUUUGACGAGUCAGGUGGAGCUGUUGCUGCAGCUGCAUUUGAUGCCAUCUUGAAUGUGUUGUUCUUCUGUGCUAGUGACUGCAGACUAGAAUGCAUGUAGGCGUGUGUAUGCUUCCCCGGUACUGUAGAAAAACAAGUAACAAGUAACAAACAAGUUUUCUUACUUUUGGCAUUGACUUGAUACCAAAGUAUCAGUUCUUGUGACAUCCCUAACUGGCACUAUCUCUCUUAACCUUGGAAUAAAUGUUCUUCAGAAAGGAGUAGCCAUGUAACAGCUGAAAACAGCAGUAUUCUCCAUGGUAGUACUGCUCAGGUUGUUUUUGAAACUGAUACUGUUUUCUCCGGAUUGAUGUUGGAUGACAUUCUGAAGAUUGAUGUCUGUGUGUCUGU